ACUCCUUGCACAUCAGGCUGGGAACUGCCACUGCUGCCGCUCCCGCCGCCGCUGCUGCUGCGGCUGCUGCAGAUACUAUGACUUAGAAGCUGCUUGGGGCUCCGCUCCCAGCCAGCGGAGAGUAACAUUAUUUAUUUCAUUCUGUGCAUGCAUUCAGUCGGCAGCGCUCCUCCGUAGCAGCCGGAACACGACACCCCCUCGGACUUUGGGGAAACCUCCUUGGAGAUCCACCUCCCUCUGCCUGCCCUCGUGCAGCCUGGGCGCGUUCGCUGGCUUUUAAAAACGCAUCCCAAGGAGAGCACCCUCCCAGCGAGAAAACCGAGGUUGGGUCGGACCUGAAACCCUAAAAGAGCAGAAAUCCUUCGGCCCCUUCACUGCCUUCGGAUCCCAAGAACCAGCAGAGGCGGCUGUGCCCGCGGACGGAGUUUGCUCUUGAACUCGAUGGAUCUGAACUUUGGGCCGCAGAAUCAUCAGUGCGGCUGUUGGGGGAUCGCUACGUGCUGAUCUCCGGCAAGGGACGGCUGCUAAUUAUUAUUAUUAUUUUUGUGCGGGGUGACCAGUGUAGCUGGGCGCUCGGCACGAUGUUUCUUGCCACCUUGUACUUCGUGCUGCCGCUUGUGGAUAUUCUUUUGACAGCCGAAGUCAGUGGUGGAGACCAUUUGGACUGUGUGAAAGCCAGCGACCAGUGUCUCAAGGAGCAGAGCUGUAGUACCAAGUACAGAACCCUAAGGCAGUGCGUGGCGGGCAAAGAGACCAACUUCAGCCUAGCAUCCGGGCUGGAGGCGAAGGAUGAGUGUAGGAACGCUAUGGAGGCUCUGAAGCAAAAGGCACUUUACAAUUGCCGGUGUAAGAGGGGCAUGAAGAAGGAGAAGAACUGCCUGCGUAUUUACUGGAGCAUGUACCAAAGCUUGCAGGGAAAUGACUUGCUUGAAGAUUCCCCAUAUGAACCAGUUAACAGCAGAUUAUCAGAUAUAUUACGACUAGUCCCACAUAUGCCAGAUGUUUUCCAGCAAGUGGAGACUAUUUCAAAGGGGAACAACUGCCUGGACGCCGCCAAAGCCUGCAACCUCAAUGACACAUGCAAGAAGUACCGAUCGGCGUACAUCACCCCUUGCACCACCAGCCUGACCAAUGAAGUCUGCAACAGAAGGAAGUGCCACAAGGCCCUCCGGCAGUUUUUUGACAAGGUCCCCCCCAAGCACAGCUACGGGAUGCUCUUCUGCUCCUGCCAAGACAUAGCCUGCACAGAGAGAAGGCGACAGACUAUUGUGCCCCUGUGCUCUUAUGAGGAAAAGGAAAAGCCCAACUGUUUAAAUUUGCAAGAUUCCUGCAAGACAAAUUACAUCUGCAGAUCUCGCCUUGCGGAUUUUUUCACAAACUGCCAGCCUGAAUCACGGUCUGUUAGCAGCUGUCUAAAGGAAAACUAUGCUGACUGCCUUCUUGCCUACUCUGGGCUUAUUGGCACAGUGAUGACACCCAACUACAUAGAUUCUAACAGCCUCAGUGUGGCCCCGUGGUGUGACUGUAACAACAGUGGUAAUGACUUAGAAGAAUGCCAGAAAUUUUUGAAUUUCUUCAAGGACAACAUGUGUCUCAAAAAUGCGAUCCAAGCCUUUGGAAAUGGCUCAGAUGUGAAUGUGUGGCAGCCAGCCCUCCCUGGACAGACCACCACAGCCACGACCACAACAGCCUUCAGAGUCAGGAGCAACAAGUCUCUGGGAUCAGGGUCAGAGAAUGAAAUCUCUUCCCACGUUUUGCCACCUUGUGCAAACCUACAGGCACAGAAGCUAAAAUCCAACGCUUCAGGAAAUCCACACCUCUGCCUGGCUGAUCGGGAUUUUGACAAAGACAGAGCUGGGGGCUCCAGUCAAAUGGCCUCAGACUCAGUGGCUGCACCGACAAGUGGGAGUCUAAGCAAAUUGAUGAUCCUAGCCAUCGCUGCACUGAAGACCUUCUUGUCCAUAAGUCUGGCAGAAACAUUGUAGCCCUAUUAACAAACAAACCAACCACAUAUAGACAUGUACAAAAACAAAACAAAACAAGCCGUUUCCUGUUCUCUGUUGUCUAUCUGAAAUUCCAGUUUUAGGAGCUAAGUUGAAGCAGUCUACUAAAAGAGUUUAAUUCAACUGGAUUUUUUUUUAAGAAAGCUUCUUGUGAUAUUUAGGGGCCUUUGUGGAAUACUUGAUGCAGUGCUACAUUCCAAACCCAAAAGGCUUUUGGGCAUGCUGUAUUUUAAAGAGACAGUAUGUAAAUUUGGCUAUGAAACAAACAGGCUUUUUAUUAUUAUUAUUAUUAUUAUUAUUAUUAUUAUUAUUUUUAAAUGGUUUUAACCCUGGCCUUUAUCUGCAGGGGACUAAGUUUGUUUUCCUAAUACCUUUCAUUGAACAGCUUUGGUUUCAAAUUAAGCGAACUUCAGACUAACGGGGAUGCCUGGCUUUUGUCACCGCAUAAAGGGUCUCACCAAGAGUGGACUUAAUGAAAACAUUUCCUUCUCAUAGACUGCUACUGAUGUUAAGCUUUCUAAAUGUAUUAUCAUCUUCCUUCCUUAAUGUUUAUGAACUCUGAAGUGGUUUUGCAUUCUCUCCUGCUAAAACAUGAUAUGUCACAUACAGAUAUAAUGUAUGUUUCUCAGUUAUGAUUUCAUAAAAAAGGGGGGAUGGGAGUUUGCAACUUGCUAACGGUAUGUUAAUCAUUUAAAUACACUCAUCUAAGCCUUAUAUGGGUGAGAAUUCCUUAAACUAACAAGAGUCAGACAUAAUGGAAGCUUAACUCUAAUAAUCUUUACAUUUAUGAGAUUAUAUAUAGAAACAAAUUUUACUAAAUGGUUUCAAAUGUUGGCUUUCUAUAUUUUGGACCUAAUAAUACUAUCCCCAUUUUUUACUGUUGGUUUAAUACAAAAUACAUGGAGUUCAUUUCCCUCUCAUAGAACUGUUUUAUCUGACUAUAUUAGUAACACUAUAAAUAUAACUCCUUAAAAGCAGAAUUUUAGGAGCCUUAUGCUUUAUCAGAAAGCUCUGCAUCACAUUAUGGUAGAUGGGAGCAGGGGAAAACAGAGAAUCCUAAGGCUAAGCAUUGACCAUUCAUGAAAGUAUGCUAGAAGCCCCAUCUGAUGGGGGGGGGGGGUGCAUAUUGGCCAGUAUACAAAAUAGUCUGGGUCUAAUGGCCGGAUUGCCAGUUCCCAUCAUGUAAUGGUUCUGGUUUUGCUUCCCCUAACAAAGACAGCCUUUACUGGAUGAGGAGAAAUUCUCUGCCCCAUCCUUUAAGCAUCUGCACAGUUCCUUUCCUGAGGGUUGUCUUUAUUCUCAACUGUGACGGCUUAGUUACUCUUACAGGCAGUUAUGUCGAAAUGAUCCACAGUAAUCUAGUUUUAUCGAGUUGCAUCUCCUCUCCCCUCCUUCCCCCCAACCCCUCCAUGACAGACAAUAACGGAGUUAAAGCAAAAGGUUCAUUAUCUUGGAUUUAGAGUCCUGAAGUAAAACUUUCAUUGUAAUGUGCUGGCUCCAUCAUGAUUAUUCAGUCGGUAUAGGACAAAGAUAAAAAUAGAGACUCUUAAAUUACAAACUACAGGUCAGCCUCAGUGUAUACUGCAUACUGUUGGCAAAACAUUGGGUGCGUAGUUCUAACCAUUCUCUUCUAUAAUUCUCUUUUAUUAAACUGAUACAAUUCUAAAAUAUGUUUUUGAGGCCUGGGUAUUUCUGAGGAAAAUUAGAUCCAAGAUAUAUUCUGAUGCAUGUGUAGGAAUGUGCACCCCUCUAGACAGAGUAAACCUUGAUAACAGCAUUACUUUUUGAUUUAAUGCUGAUAAAUUGGAGUUUUCUUCGGAAUUCAGCAAAGGGGCUUUAGGAGAAGAAAUCCACAGUUGGUGUGUACCUUCUUAGCAUACAUAGUCCCCUUCCUUCCCAAGCAUGGUGCUGUUUUCCUCCUGAGUGUUGAUCAGAUUAUCAAAAGGGAGAAAGGAGAAAUAUCUGUUGUACAGUGAAGGUAAAGACCUACUCUUUUAAGUGUAAUUGAAUUAGAAGCAGAUUCAUACACAAAUGCUUUUGAAUGUAUAUUUCUAACUAUAAUUGCCAACAUUUUCAGUAAGAUAAGCUCAAUAAACAUGACACCUAUCUGAUCUGUGAAAACUUUCUAAAACAUACUACUUGGAAUGAACACAUUAAGUGUGUUGAAAUAUCUGGAAGGCUAACAAUUAGUAAAUAUCUCUUAAAGAACAUAUUUUGCUUUAAUUACGCUAUCUCUGUAUCUACACUCAACUAAUUACAUAUGGGUCUGAUGCAGUUUAGGCCACCGUAAAAUGCUAUUGAUUACUUCUGCUGUAAACAGAAGCUCUAAUUAGCUUCAGAUGACCAAAGAGGAAAUGGUAGUUAUCAGAUCUAACAAGAGUCGCCUUCAGUAAUAAGCUCAUGGAUAUAAAACAGACAUAAAUUAUAUUUUGAAAAGCCUCAUCUAUCACCAACAAGAAAGUUCUUGUUUUUCUUCAAAGCAAAAAGCAUAUAAUAGUUUCCAAAUCCUUAAUUUGAAAAUAAAUUGCUUAUUAAACAAACAGGAUGUGGGAAUGGAUUCUCAGGGUCCAAUCUUUUAUUGAAGUUUUUAUGGACUUACGCCAGUUGAGAUUGGGAUGAAUUCUUUCUAGAUGAAUGUGACAUGAGUGAUGUCAGCUUAACAUGGUAAUCCUGUCAACACUGUCAUUUGUACCAGCCCUGGAAUAAGCAAAUGAUGUAGUUCUCUUUUGAUUGAUUGGAUCCAUUGGAUGUUGACAAAACAAGGGCCCAGAAAACUCGUGUCCCCUUUCUUAGUUUUUGGCUUGUGUGUUUUUGGAGCCACCAAAUAGGAUAGUUAGUCACUAGAAUAUGGGAAGUAGCAGUUGAUUCUGAGACUAUAAGUGCACUGGAAAUUUCUAGGAUGAGGUUGAUUUUAAACAGGAACUAAUAAACAUUUAGGCUAAGUCCCAUUAGCAGAAAAGUCCUGCUGCCCUUUUUGGUUCGACGAAAACAAGAAUUUCUGCCAAAAGAAUUAGAAGCACAGUCCAAUUUGACGUUGACUUUAUUUGACCAAUUUUUAGUGUCUCAAUUAUAGCACACAAAGGGAAAAAAAGUGCACAAUAUACAGUGGGGAUGCAAAAUGCUGACCACAUGCCUAUUUUACCAUAUCUGUUUUGUCCAAACCACUAAUAGAAAUCUAGGAUGAGAAUCACAGAGAAUAUUUUUGGUUAAGAGUAACAAUUGUAUCUCUAUUGCAUAUAGUUUAUUUGACUGGGUGGUUUCUAUUUAAAAUGUUAAAAAAAAUCUUUCUUCUGAAGUUAGCACAGAUACCAUGUCCUGGAAUUUGUAAAUGACUAUGCAGUGCCCCUUUCAGAAUUGUCACCUUUAAUUUGGUCUAUAUUAAGACCAGUUCCUAUCUUAAAUGUACACAGAGGGUGGGUAGUCUCCGUUGCAUACUAGGCCCCACAUGCUACUUUCUGCUCUAAAUCAGGUGCUCCUUCCUAAACACUCCAUCUGUUGAACAAGGGAAGUGGGAAAACUGAAACAGUCUUGAAUCAGUGUAUGUACUUGGUGGGGGGAGGGUGAAAAGAUGUAGGAGCCCUGGGAGUUCAUACAAUUAGCAAAAUCUUUUCUUAGAUUCUAGCUUUAAAUGGAUUUCUGUUGUUGUUGUUUAUGAAAUAGUGGCCUCAGAAGAGGUGCUUUUCCAAAAAUAAGUUCUCAUUCAUGUCUCCAGACAUAUACCCACUUAUUUGAAUCAGUGAACAACAUGAUAGAAAGUGCUGCUUGACUAAAAACCAUGGGCUUAUAAAUUCCCAUACAACCUAGUUCCCAGCCCCCCCUAUAAAUUUCCCUUUUAACAUCCUCUAUCUGUGAUGUUUGGUAAAGAUAAGCAAGAGCUUGGGACCUAUCUUCCAAGGUUCAAAGUGAAUAAACAAUAAUGACUUAUAGUACUUGUCAAAAAAAAAACCAAAAAGAACAAACAAACCUGAAGUGGUCAUAGCGUUAGCAAAGGUAAAUUGAAGCCCUUCCAGAGAGUUUUGGGGGAAAGGGAUAUUAUUUACCAAGGAAAUGAAACCUUAAGACAGGAAAAGAGCAUCAAGAUAGAACCCUGGAGUGGCUAGCAGAAUCACUGGUCCGGGAAUGAAUGUAUCAUAUACCUGUGAUGAUAUUUCUCAUGGGUGGUUAGAGUUGGCAAUUUCCAUCCAACAAAAUAGAGGGGGAGUUAGCUUCUUUAAAGACUGAAAGCCUUUCUGAGGAAGGUGUCAAGAAAUAACUGAUAAACUUAGGGUCAGAUGUUUUUGUUGCAGAUCUUUUAAAACAAAAUCAAUUCUGUUUGUAGGUUUUUAGAAGUCCAGUUUGGGGGUUUUUUGUUUUGUUUUCCCCUCCAUCCCUAAGAUAGCACUUGAACUUUAAUCUAUAACUCUUGCCUUCGCCUGCUUCAUUCAGAUUUUACUUAUGGAUACUAGGCAGCCUUACUCCUCAAAUGCCAGGUAUUUUAGACCAAUUUGCCAGAUUCUUCUCAUGAUUCUCCACAGUAGAAGCCCUGAACUAUGAGUUUGUGCUUCCAGUCCAAAUGAGUUUGGCUCAGCUCAGGAUCAUUUUUUCCAUAAAACAUCUAAACCAUGGAAUUGGCACAUAUUACCUUGUUACUGGGAUGUGCACUAUGGGAUGCAAAAUCAGUCAACUCCCCAUGAAACUUCAUCUUGAAAGAUUUGUUUUGUUUCUUCUGAAAUUAGUUAUUGGCCUUUCUGACCAUCUACUUGAUUUGCUUUCUUCCCCUUUCCCUUUCCCCUACUGGCCUAAUUUAGUUUUCCCCUCCCCACAGUUGUCUUCUUAUGCUAACUCUAAAUUUAGUACUAAUCAAAUACCAGAACCCUUUUUCAUGCUUAGCUUUGGAUUCCCCAAAGCCUGUCUGUGCUCUAUCUUCAGGAGGAAGGGAUCUGAAGUCUUAUAAUCCAUCUUUCCCAUACAUCAUCCCAGGAUAGGAAAUUGGCUCUAAAAUCCUAACCAUGCAAGUCACAUCUGCACUGUCAUUGAACUGGCUUGACACUUGUCCUUUAUUUGAUUGCAAUGAGUGUCUGAGGGGGAGGUCAUUCUUACUCUUACCAAGAAAGUGGUCAAACACACAAAACUGAAAUAUUCCUAAAUGUUGUCCAUAUCAUGGCACCCUGGGAAAAGAGGACGUGUUGGCCAUGUUUAUUUCGAAAGACCGUAGGGAAAAAGGAAACAUUCUGAUAUUCAUUCAAGGUCUUGGUCUCUGAAGGUCUCCAAGCUCAUUUGACCAGGACAGCUGUGACUGAGGCUGUUUGCCUCUAGCAGGUGCCAAUAGCGGCAUCCUGUCAUGCUGCCAUGUGGAAUUCAUUUUUGCCAAGGGCAGCUGCCAAGCCCAAUAGCCAGUUUAAGUAGGAGGCUUUCUCUAGUUUGACCUCUUUUCCUAACCCAGCCAGAUUCCUUUACUUCCUUUCUGCUGUCUGUCCAUAGUGGAAGAAGAUUGGCUUAGGCAUCUUGGCUGAGAAUUAGUCAUAUGAUGUUCCUUCCUAUGGGCACAGACAACAUGUCUUACCUUCAGAUUCUCAUUCUUCCUUGACCUUGCUCUUCCCAAGAAGAUAUUAUUGGAUGUUAGGGAAAAAAAUCAUAUGAAGUCACCUCCGUAACUAUUCGGCCAGCACUGAGCUCCUGUGUUGUGAUUUUGAAUUUUCCCACCUGAGGUCCACGAGUCAGUUAAAGUAUGAAUCUUGGUGAAUGGGAGAGGUGGGUUGGGGAGACUGAUAUAGAAAGGGGGAUGAGAUCUGAAGCACUUGAAGUCAACCUAGUUUGAUUUCCUUUGCAUAUCUCAUACUGUGUUGUACAGUGCUAGCUAAAAGGUGACAGGGACUGAACCCUGAAGAGGUUCUGCAAGACUUUUCAUCUUUAACUCACCAGAUCAAAUCCAGAGCAGCCUAGAAAAGGGGAAAGAAGAACCAGGUUCCCCAAAGACCUCCAGUGGGAAAGGGCAGGGACAGUGUCCAUGAUUCAGACAACUAACUCCCCAGUUGGGGAGAUAAAUUGAGCAACCAAGCCUGCUUAUAGCUUUGGAAGUCUGAUUCCCUCCUGAACUCAUGACUGCUGAGUUAAAGGGUAAGCUGCCCAUGUGCAAAGUAGAGCAAAUGUCUCUUCUCUGGCCUUUUGCACAGACACUAAAUUUCCUUUAUAAUUACCUUAUGAAUUUACUUUUCAGAGCCAGAGUAUCUGAGAGAAAAGCCCAACCAAGCUUGCCAGCCACAGCCACUCACCUAUUACAGGCAGACGCAGAGCAGGGGCAAUCAGAUUUGCCCUUAACUAUGAACCUAAAGUGAAGGCAGCCACAACAACCCCUGAAUCACUCCACUGAGCCAUUGGGAAAUACAAAUUCUGCCAAGCCCAGAAGCCAGUCGAGCUGCUGAAGCCAUAAGGUAAUAGUCAGGAAGUGAUUUUAUCAGAAACCACUUUUUUCUGCCUUGUCCAGUGCAAGGCAGCAUAGAAGGGGAAAAACCUGUGAAAGUGAAAUAAAUUUUGAUUAAAGUGGCCGCAAACCCAGAGCUGUGAAAUGAUGCUGCCUGAUGUGCAGAGGCACAACUUGGACCUAGAAUACUAAGAAUUAAGUUUUAAAAGUGCUGACAAGGUAAGUAGAUAGCCUAGACUUAGAAGGGAGGCGGGGAAAGAAAUUACUGAAGGACAGGAGCCAGGGGCUCUCUGGUCAGAACACCUGGUGAAGGUGCUCAGUGUCCCUUCAGCCUGUUGGCUUCUAACUCCAAGGUUUAGCAGUGCUCACAAUAGGAUGCUCCUCGGGUUAUAGCAGGUGGAAUGAGAGUGGACACACAAGAGAGAGAGGGUUAUGGUAAACCUGCAUUCUCUCCCUGGAUUGUAAAGUGUGCUUGAUCUGGAAUUUGGCUUUCUAUUUUCCCAUUUUCUCUGGAGGCAUUUCUGAAUGCAGAAAAGGAAACUGAUAAAGGUGGACUGAUUCCCAGAUUGCUCUGCCUUCUUUGGCUGUGGUCUAAGUCUAAUCAGGCAGUUUUUUUGGAUAUGCUCCAUGGGUUUUUUUUUUUGUUUUUGUUUUUCCUGGAUAUAAAUGAUUCAACUUAAGAGGGUUGAAGGAAAACCUUCAACAAAAACAAAGCCUAGAGUGGGGGGCAAGGUGGGAUGAGUUGAGAGUUUCAAUUUCUCCACUGUUUAAUCCUUUCUCCUUCCUUCUUCCUCAUCUGCCAAAGACCUACUGGCACUACUUUUGCUUAAUAUGGGGCUUACAAAGUAGUGUGUAAAUGAUCCUUCAAUUCUGAAACAGUUAUCCCCAUUUAAUCCAGCUCAUGUUGAGAAGUCAUGUGAGGUAUCAGGACAUCCUCCCCUCCCCUUAAGGAUGUUUUUGGAUUCUCUUCUAUUUAGGGACAUGCUUGUGUUUCUGUUCUAUAUGAUACAGGUUGGCAAGAAUAGCAGUGCAGGGAGAUGAGAAUAAGACAUCUGAAAUGGGUCAAUGUUAUGAUGGAAUCCCCAGUAAGGUACCCACUUGCUCCCACCUCCAUCAGUGCAAUGGCAUGAUUUGGAAGUGGUGUCUCCAAUGUUCAGAGUGAGCAGAGCCUACAAACUGGGAACUUACUCAUUGUUUUAGUUUCUCGUAUUUAUUUUAUACAACCUACCAACCAAGUACCUCCAUUUCUGGAGGACCUUAUAUGCUUACCUUGUUCUCUUGUGUAUAUUCUAUAUAUGCUGUACUAAGGAACUUUGUUCAUUUCCCUGGGGUUGUUAUACUGUAUGAAGUCUUCUCACGGCCAUUUCACAAGGUACUUUAUUGCCAAUCCCCAAGGAGGAGGAUUUAGCGUGGAAAUAAGGACUAUGGAAGUGAUUUUGUGAUGUUUGAAUUUUCUGUUAGUAUAUUGCUCAUGCACUACAAACUGUAUAUAGCACCUUUCCCCACCCCCAGAAUAUCCUAA